CUAAGGACAUCGUUUUUGAGGCAGUACAACCCGAACGCAGCAGGAGCCACCGCCAUGCGUCUGGUGAUCCUCGACAACGCGCACCAGGUGGCCGACUGGUCGGCACGCUACAUCGUCAAACGCAUCCUCGACUUCAACCCUGGACCGGACCGUUACUUCGUGCUCGGCUUGCCCACCGGUGGCACUCCUGGUGGCACGUACAGAGAGCUGGUGAAGUACCAUAAGGAGGGAAAAGUCUCCUUCAAGUAUGUCAAGACGUUCAACAUGGACGAAUACGUCGGCAUUCCCCGGGACCACCCGGAGAGCUACCACUCCUACAUGUGGAACAACCUGUUCAAGCACAUCGACAUUCACCCGGAGAACGUGAACCUGCUGGACGGCACGUGCUCCGACCUGGAGGCCGAGUGCGCGCGCUACGAGAAGAAGAUUCAGGACGCCGGCGGUAUCGAGCUCUUCAUGGGCGGCAUCGGACCGGACGGCCACGUGGCGUUCAACGAGCCGGGCUCAUCGCUCGUGUCCCGGACGCGCGUGAAGACGCUGAACCAGGACACGAUCCAGGCUAACGCGCGCUUCUUCGACGAUGACAUCAACAAGGUGCCGACGCGGGCGCUGACCGUCGGCGUCGGCACCGUCAUGGACGCCAACGAGGUGCUGAUCCUGAUCACCGGACAGCACAAGGCGUACGCCCUGCACCAGGCCAUCGAGCAGGGCGUCAACCACAUGUGGACCGUGUCGGCGUUCCAGCAACAUCCCAAGACGAUCAUGGUGUGCGAUGAAGACGCCACCAUGGAACUCAAGGUCAAAACGGUCAAAUACUUCAAGGAGCUCUGGUCCGUGCAUAGCAAACAGAUACACGAUCCGGUGGACUUCGAGUCCACCCACCGCACCUAGAGGGUCGGGUGCUGCUCCGGCCCCUGGGCGCGAAACAGCCACCCAAGGAGUGCCACGCGACGGCUGCGGCACGCCGCAUCUCGUCUAGGCGUGUACGCAUGCUGAUUCAGUGGUACUCGGAUGUCAGGUGUAUUUGGAAGCGGCUGUUUGGUGCGGGCGGUGGCUUCUUCAUGUUUUUAUGGUAACGUGGGAACCAUCUUGAGCGGUGUCUAACUCCUGGGAGAACAUCACCGCCUUCAACUGGUAUUUGUAGCCAUGAAUGCUGUGAUAAGAGCACAGAUGACUUUAUGAUCGGUGUCAUGCCUCUUGCAAGAAGACAAACUUAUUUUUGUGGUCUUGUCAACUUGUAUAUGCAAAAUGCUCCAACUGUUGGUUCAGCAUAGCUUCAGCCCAGCUCUUAGAACGCUGUUUAUAUAUGAUGCUGUCUGUAUGAUGCUGUCUACGCCUGCAGAUCUGCGGCAGAAUACACCUAUUGCGUAUGCGA